AUGCUAUAUCAUUCAACACCGAAAACGACACCAAUGAACUAUAUGGGACGCCAGGAUCCACCUCCUUUACCCAUUAAUUCGCCCAGUCGUCGUAAGUCAUCCAAAUCUAGUGAGGUUUGUCUUGAUUCAGAACAUCGUACAGUACAUUUUAAUCAAAUGGUUAAUGAAGACCAUUUAUCUAGUAGUAAUUUAUCAACCACAAUUUCUUCAAAUCCUCAUCCAUUGCAUGUUGCAAGAAAAGUUAGCUUUUCUGAUUUACCUUUAGUGAUUAACGUCGAAGAGCGUCAACUAGACGGCUUACAUCAAUCCUGUAUCACUACUGAGGACAAAGUUAUCUACGGUGAAGAUGAUGAUUCCGGUCAUCAUAUUGAAGUCCGCCUACUGAAUCGAGAUAUCGAUGAAAUGCCGACCUUGCCAUCAGAAUUGAAAAAUAAACCUGUAUUUGAAAUAAAACUUGGAAUGCUUAAACAAGCGACAGUUUAUCGGACAGAAUUUACAAUACCGGAUGAUUUGAAGUCAGGUGAAUUGGAAAUUCUACGAACUGUUACAGAAAUGGAUGGUCAUGUUGGUGUACCAGUUAAUGUCGGUGCUUCAUUUAAUUUACUAAGCUGUGAACCUAUCCCUUCACCUGGUCACGGUCAUAUAAUAAUUAUGGAGAUUUCAACUACAAAACAAUCACGUGUCAAUGAGUUAAUCACAUUGCGUCGAGUAGAAAAUAUAACAGAUGCUGUUUGUCUACUGUUGCAUGGUAUUUCUUUAGACUUUCUUAUUUAAAGGCAAACACACUACCUAUUCAUUUCAAUGAACCGACAUCCAAUCGAUCGAAUUUUCAACCACAAUCAAACUCAAUCAUGAACCGACUGUCAAAUUGUAGCAUUUGGGAUUCCAACCAAUACUAUUUGAUCAUUCAGUAGUAAUAAACAUCAUACUAUUCCCUAGUGUUGAUCGAGUUUGAUUGAUCAAGGACCAUUGAUAGCUGUUGACUUAUGGUUGGUUAUAUUGGCUGACGUGUGGGAGUAGGCUUGAGAGCUAAGGGUGACCUAACUAUCUGAUUGUGCUGACGUAAUGUAGCAACUUGAACCGAUGUGGAUAGCUAUUCGGUUCUACGUUAGUUAUGGAUGACUGGCUGUCUGACUUAGUACGAGAUUUUGUAAAUACUUCACACAUCCAUACCCACAAACGUAUUCUACACUUCAACAAACAUACUCAAAAUCAAACAAGAACAAAACUUUUUAGCCGAAAAUACAUACUGCUUUUCUUGCAUCCGAAUAAAAAAAUAAACAAGAAGGUGUACUUAAUUAUAUUUUUAAAUGAAUCUAACAAAUAAUACAAGAUAGUAAUAACAAUAAUUGUGCAAUUAAUAAAACAAAUGCCUUCUACUAGCAAUCUCAAUUAUUCUCUGGUACUGUGUGUGUAAAGUUGAAGGUGUUCAUUCUUUCUCAAUUACUCUACGGUGUUUUAAAACAAAUAACAAUAAUAAUAACAACAGCAACAACAAGAAGUAUGAUAAUACCCAAAAAACGAAUGUCAACAAUUACAUCAUGAAACACACGUACUGUCAUUUACAUCACAUGCUUAUUUCACAAUGACUGACUAGAAGAUUAAUUGCUGUUAUUGUUUGUUUAUUCGUGAUAUAGAUGACAGUAAUAACUUUGAUGUUGUACUAUUGUUAAUUAUUUAUGAUUUAUUUAUCAUUUAUGUUUUCCCGUUUUUUCGCGCUUAAAAAAAUAAAAAGAACAACUCCAUAUCACAGUAGAAAUGUAAAAGAAAAGAAUUCUGAAUAAAGAAAAUAAUUAAAAGAGCAUAUAUUUCUGUAUGAAAAUCAAACAAAAAAAUCUAAUAAAUAACAUUAAAUCAUUAACCAAAUAAAAUGAAAAGUGCUCCACAAUUAGAUAUCACCAUUAAAACAAUAAAUGAAUGUGAAUAUUGAAUUUUCAGAAAAAAAAACAACUGAAAAGUAUAAAUACAAAAGAAAAUUUAUUGCUAAAAAAAAGAAGUAGGUAAGAAACUUGUUUAUGCAGUAGUAAUGGUGAGAUUAUAAUUUAUGGACGAUUUUUGAGGGACGCAAAGGUGACCUUAUGAGUGUCUACCUACUUACUAGGGAUAAAUGAAGGUUAUAAAGCAGUUUGAAGAAUAAGGAUUAAUCGUUAGGGUUAGGAAUUACAUUUACGAUUUUUCAUCAUGAACUGACAUCAGCUAUAAUGCCAAGACUCUAUUUGGUCAGAUGGAUGAGUGAAUUUCGCGCCAAAAUCCGAGGCCUGUUAUCUUAUACCUGAUUGGCUCGUCCAUAAAUCAUAGUCUUACCGUAGUAAUAUAUUUAGAUAGAAUGUUUGAAAUGUAUAUUUAAGUGUGAUAUUCAAAGUGUUUUGAGGAUAUAUUGAUGUGUACAAGAACGGUAUUUUUAUGAACUAAGGGCAUAUUUAAAUUCAUCUAUUCAUUCGUAUCUUCUUUAUGAUAAUGCUGCUGCUGCUGAUGAUGAUGAUGAUGAUGAUGGUUCCAGUGGAUUUGCUAGUAACCAUGGAUAUUGUUGAAACGAAUUAACAAUAACUGUACUGCCCCAACGUAUUGAAGAUGGUAGUAUAUAUAAUAAACAGCCAAUAUGUUCUAAUAUAGGUCUAUCGAUCCAAUACAAAGGAUUGAAUACAUUAAUUUCUGAUGAAUUCAUUAAUCCAGAUAAAAUAUAUGGCCAUGUUCUUAAAUAUGGUGAGGCUAAAGUGAAACCAAUGAAUACACCUGCUACAUUUAUUGGAUGACUCAAUCCUACACUGUAUAAUUCCAUCCCACAACCAG